AUGCAGCCUCACUUUCAACCUUUUACGGCUAGAAUCUUUUUAGCAUCAAAGAAUCUCUUCUUGAGGGUAAUGGAGCAAUAUCAACAAACGGCCACUAGCACCACACGCCAUGCAUUGCAGUUGCCUGAAGAUGAUCCCGAUGACACGACUGUGAAUCUGAUCUUAGAAGACGAAGACGAUCCUGGUUAUUCUCUGAUGAUAGGAGAUCUGAUUAGGAGGGAGAGACACGCCGAUGUCUAUUCUGUGUAUGAUCCUGAAACUGGUGCUAAAGAGUUGAGAGCAGAGGCUCGCGCUUUUGUUAUCGAUAGAGUUUCAGGGAAACUGAAAAAGUAUCGAAAACGAUGCACGUACCGUCUAGGACCCCGAAUGUACUUUUCAGCGCCAUGUCGCGGAGCUAGAGUAAUAAUUUAUACGACCAACCCCCCCGAUGUUGCCACAGCCAAAGAAGGGACCCAUGGUUUGAGCGAGUUCUCCCCGAGGUUACCGAGUGGGUCUAAUGACAGCUCGACUCCUUCAGAAGGCCAACAAGACGAACGAGACCAAACCCAAAACACAGACUAUAAACGAGAGUCAAGACGAACGCGGCAGCUAGAAAGGCGACGAGCGAAGAGGCAUCAAGGACGUACAGAAAAGGAUUUGGAAAGGGUUCCAAGUUCUCAAUCUACGGAGCCCAUUGGAAAUGAAAAACCCAUGAACGAACCAAUUCUCUCAUCUCGAUAAAUCACCUUCAGGUUAGCUAUACUACAGUACCUUCUCUACGACGACAGAGGAAAACCUCGCUCGGCUCAGGCUUCAAACGAUCCUGAUACCGGGUUUCGUUUUCUGAGAGUGCAGGAUUUAUUUCACUUGACAUUCUACGAUCUUAUAGAGUCCAAGAUAGAACAAGUCGAUCAGGGCUUUCCGUUGAUUAUUCGUUGCUCGGGUUACGGAAUUCUUAAAGACCUCGAAGAGUUGCAA